UCCUCUGACACCACACCAGGGCACGGAGCAGGCAGGAAUGGGGGCGAGGGGCUGCCUGGGGCCACUGCUGCUGCUGCUGCUGCCCCUGCCUUCGGCGUGGGCCUGGCUCCAGCCAUCGAUUAUCGGGGGACACGAGGCCAAACCCCACUCCCGGCCCUACAUGGCGUCCCUGCAGUUUGGGGGGGUCCACGCCUGUGGGGCAGCACUGCUGCACCGGCGCUGGGUCCUGACGGCCGCCCACUGCCUGGCCCGGGGGACACUGGCCAACGGGAGAGUGGUGGUGGGGCUGCACAGCCUGCGGGACCGCGGGGCGGCCACACAGACCUUCCCCAUCCGGGCGGCCUGUCCCCACCCCGGCUACGACCGAGGGACGAUGGAAAACGACCUGCUCCUGCUGCAGCUGGAGGGGCCGGUGACGCUGGGCCGGACGCGGCGGCUGAUCGGGCUGUCGGGGCGGGGGCCGGCAGCGGGGGCCACGUGCAGCCUGGCGGGCUGGGGGCUCCGCGGGCGCGGGGGGCUCUCGCCCACCCUGCAGGAGCUGGAGGUGAAGGUGAUGGACCCGCGGAUGUGCAACAACAGCCGCUUCUGGGACGGCGGCAUCGCCCCCACCAUGAUCUGCUUCCAGGGGCAGCCCCGGGGCUCGGCCCCCGCCAAGGGGGACUCGGGGGGCCCGUUGGUGUGCGGGGAGCGGGCGGCGGUGGCCGGGGUGAUGUCCUUCAGCGGCCCAGAUGUCACCGACCCCUUCAAGCCGCCGGUCGCCACCUCGACCGUGAAGUACAAGAAAUGGAUCCAGAAAACCCUGCAGAGGGGCUGCAAGUCCCCCCAGCCCCCAAGAGACUGAGCACCUCUUCCUAUUUA